AUGACAAUAUUUGCUUUUGCAACAAGCAAACCAAAAAUUGAAUUAACAGAAGAUUUUCCAGCUUUUCACAACCAUAAUGUGAUUAGUGUUAUCAGAUUUAGCAACAAUAAACAAGGGUUUCCCACUGUGGUGAAUUUACUCAGUCAUUGUACUGAUGUGCACGAUGUGGCAUCAUUACCAUUAGACGAAGAAGCGUUUAAUGAAUUAUGA